AUGUCCCCAAACGGCUUGUUCAGGGUUUCGCCUGUUAAAGAGGAUGUAGAUAGAAAUACAGUUGAGUUUCAGCAGCCUCUUCCCUCUGAAACUGACUAUAAAAAGACCCGAUCAAAUAGGAUCAAUUUUCAGAACUUAAGAGGUCUGAUUAGCAAAAGACGGCCGUCAAGCGGUAGCCAUAACCAAUCCAAGGAUUUAUCUUGGAAAAGUGACUCUAAAAAGAACUCUCCACCAAAAGUACCGUUAUGGAUUGCAUCUUUUCAAUGGAUAACUAAUGUUGUUUGUCUGGCUGGUAUUAUAACUCCAGUCUUUUGUGUCUAUCUGAUUGAGUCAUUUCAUUUUAUCUUCUCAAUCAACUCGUUACAUUACUUUUCAUUUGCCAUGUGGUUUAUUGUUAUUUGUGUUGCUUCAAUCAUAUCACAUGUAGUAUAUCUAUUUUCAACUAUUUUGAAGCCACAACCUCAGAACAAAGUAAAUUUUGUAUCGAUUAUCAUUCUUUCUGCUAUCAUAUUUGUGAUGAUUUGCUCGUUUGCUUCUAUAUCUUGCAUUUUUCAACAGGAAAAGGCAGAUUGGCUAAUCAACCGAAAAAGUAGCUUUAUUGGCAGUGGGUUCUUCCGCCAUCUCUUUUAUCUAGUUUGGGUUGCAAUGUUGUUGAGUAUGUUAUCGCGGCUAGUAUACUACAAAUACAAAAAACGCCAGAACAGAUAUGCCUUUAGAAAGAGGAAUUUAAAGAACACGGUCUUCAUAGCCUCGUCUCUGUGUAUGUUAAUAGCCUUUGUCACUCUGGGGUUUUUGUUUCUUGAUUAUAUCAGCGGCGUGUUCUCUACAGAGGCGAUUCUCAAUUCAGUGUUCACUAUCUAA